AUCAACCUCAAUCGUCCCAGGCAAAUUCAAUUCAACCUCAAGCUAAACAGUCCCAGGUAAAUUCAAUUCAAUCUCAACCGUCCCAGCAAAAUUCAAAUCAACCUCAACCGUCCCAGUCAAAUUCAAAUCAAAAUCAUUCUCAACCGUCGCCAAAUCCAAAUUCGGGUGAUGUGAAACCUACAUCUAAUUAUGUCCCUCUUCCUCGUGAAACUUCGAUUCCUCCCAAACCUGCAAAUUCCCAAAAGAAAAUUCCUAUUACCAAACAUUAUACAUCUACUGCUGAUGUUUGUUCAGAUAAUCCACACUGUAAAACCGACGGUAAAACCGAAACUAUAGAAGAUAAGGGCUAUCAUAUCACGACAAUCAUACCGCCCGGUUACGAUAGUAGUACAAUAACUGCAUUCGUAACUAGAGUAGUCACGGUAACCGUUACUGUAUAUGUUCCAGGUUAUACAUCUACUAUUACUGAUUACAAGAAUGGUGAACCAAUAUCCUAUGAAACUUACUAUCCACCAAGUACCAAGAUUAUCUUGGAAACCGUUACUUCAGUUGCACCCGCUGAUUUUGCGUUUGAAGAGAGUAAAGCAAGAAAAUUAGGUCAUUAUG